GCGCGUUGUUGUGAUCUAACAUGGCGAAGUGUAGUGUUGUGGCUGUUCAGUGUCUACGUCAAUUUUAGCGUGAUAUCGAGCACAACGGAUGCGAGGAUAACGAUGCUUGUCACUCGUGGAUCCAGGAACACUCGCGGAAGAUAGCAAUAGUACACAGCGGUGCAUAGGGGCUCGUCUUCGCGGGGGGAUCCUGACCGACGAACACUCAAUUUACUAGGACGUGGGACUAUUGUUUUUUUUCUGGAGGAUCAAGAAGCAUUGUGGCUUAUAGAACUAACGUAAGCUGUACUACAUCACCAGAGAACUGAGCAUAAAACGGAGUUUCCCGCGCGCCGAAUAUAUCCUUUGGCGCAGAAAGCGAGCUUAUGCAACGAGCGCAUAAACACCUUUCACGGUGACUGUCUUAGGAGAUACAGCCACACUUCUGUACUGUGCUGAUACACUUAGGUAGGAGUGGCGUUUUCCUAUGGUACACUGUGAUCUUGCAGUCUGGAAAAAUUUGGUGUAUUUGGGCAUGAGUCAAGUGUAACAAGUACAUAUACCAUUGAUCGUCAAGAAAGAGUAUUGCUCGAGGCACAUUGAUCAAGGAUUGUAUAUCGAUAGUGAUAUUACUAUAAUGAUGCAGUGUAAACAAUAGAUAUGCGCUCCGGGCGCUUAUAAAAUAAUUUUCAAACGGUGGUUACGUUUUUAAUUAUGCGUAUCUUAACGCUAUCCUUAGAGACAGACAAUCCAUACAAAAUAAAGUGUCAUUAACAGACUUACUUAGAGAGCAAAUAUUACAACUGUAAUUUGCAUUUUUCACUUGUAGUCCCAACAAAUGUUUCCAUUGUGUAUGGUAUGAUAAAGGAUCUCUGAGUUGUGUGGGUUUGUAGGUCAAUAUAACAGUUCCAGAAAAGAAGAGUCUUUAAUAGGAAGUUUUAAAGGGUUUACAAUCUACGGAUAAUUACGUAGAAGGGAUGCCAAUUAGUUGGUGAUAGUUCGAAAGCUUGUGCGCGACUCACUUGUACAUCAUGACGGAUACGCGCAGAAGAGUUAAGCUAUACGCUUUGAACGCGGACAGACAAUGGGACGAUCGUGGCACUGGUCACGUUUCCUCAUCUUACGUUGACAGGCUAAAGGGUAUCUCUCUUUUGGUCAGAGCAGAGAGCGAUGGGUCCUUAUUGCUUGAGAGUAAAAUUCAGCCAGAUACAGCAUACCAGAAACAGCAGGACACACUGAUAGUAUGGUCAGAAGGAGACAACUUUGACUUGGCCUUAAGUUUUCAAGAAAGAGCUGGCUGUGACGAGAUCUGGGAGAAAAUAUGUCAGGUGCAAGGGAAAGAUCCUUCAGUGGAAAUAACCCAAGACAUAGUCGAGGAGUCUGAAGAUGAGAGAUUUGAUGACAUGUCAGACUCAGCACCGCCGAUCGAGCUACCACCUUGUGAAUUAGGUCGAUUGGAGGACAUAAAUGAAUUAAUUGGAAACUGUUUAUCUUCACCGAUGCGAAAAGAGAAGUUAGCCAUGGCACUGGAAUCGGAAGGUUAUAUAAGAAAGCUCCUAAAUCUUUUUCACACUUGUGAGGACUUAGAAAACAUCGAAGGACUCCAUCAUCUCUAUGAUAUAUUCAAGAAUAUUUUCCUACUCAAUAAGAAUGCGCUCUUCGAGGUGAUGUUCAGUGACGACACGAUUUUUGAUGUGGUCGGUUGUCUGGAGUAUGAACCCACGUUGCCGCAGCCGAAAAGACAUCGAGAAUAUCUUCGUCAGUUAGCCAGAUUUAAACAAGCUAUCCCUAUCACGAACGCCGAACUAUUAGCCAAAAUUCAUCAAACUUACCGCGUUCAGUACAUUCAAGACGUAGUUCUACCUACCCCCAGUGUGUUCGAGGACAACAUGCUCAGUACGCUGAGUAGUUUCAUAUUUUUUAAUAAGGUCGAGAUAGUCACCUUGAUACAAGACGACGAGAAGUUUCUCACGGAACUGUUCCGUCAGUUAACGGAUGAAGCAACCUCGGACGCAAAGAGGCGCGACCUGGUCCUCUUCCUUAAGGAGUUCUGCAAUUUCUCACAGAAUUUACAACCCCAAGGAAAGGAGGCUUUCUACAAGACUCUCACGGCUCUAGGAAUCCUUCCUGCUCUGGAGAUUACGCUGGCGAUAAACGAUGCCCAGACCAAGACGGCUAGUAUAGAUAUCCUGACCUAUAUCGUUGAAUAUUCGCCAAGUGUCGUCAGGGAUUAUACGCUUCAGCAAAUCAACAAUACCGAACAGGAUCAAAUGCUGGUCAACGUGGUCGUGGCGCAGCUGGUUGGCGACAGUGAUCCUGAAUUGGGUGGAGCUGUACAACUAGCUGGUGUUUUACGUUUGCUUCUGGAUCCAGAGAAUAUGCUGGCCUCGGUUAACAAGUCCGAGAAGACUGAUUUCCUGAAUUACUUCUACAAGAACAGCAUUGGCACACUAAUAGCACCUCUCCUGGCAAAUACUAUAGGUGAAAGACCAGCUAGAGAAGACUACAGAACAGUUCAACUCCUUGGUCUGAUAUUAGAGCUGCUGUCCUUCUGUGUAGAGCAUCACACGUAUCACAUUAAGAAUUGCAUUUUGAACAAGGAUUUACUCAGAAGAAUAUUGGUCCUAAUGAAGUCGACGCACACUUUUCUAGUUCUAUGCGCAUUGAGGUUUAUGAGAAAGAUUAUAGCACUCAAGGAUGAGUUUUAUAACAGAUACAUUAUUAAAGGAAAUUUAUUCGCACCUGUCUUCGACGCCUUUGUACGAAAUAAUGGCAGAUAUAACCUCUUGGAUUCCGCUAUUCUAGAAAUGUUCGAGUUCAUCAAGCUGGAGGACAUCAAAUCACUAUGUUCGCACGUCGUGGAAAACUUCUCCAAGGAACUAGAAACGAUCGAUUAUGUUCAAACGUUCAAGGCGUUAAAGUUGAGGUACGAACAGCAUCAGGACAAACUGAAGGACCGUGACAGAGCCACUCUCGACAGCGCGCCCUCGAUACUGCGAAACAGUAGAUAUCGAAGAGAUCAGCGGCAGCUCGACGAAGAGGAAGAAAUGUGGUUCAACGAGGAGGAAGACUUCGACGAGGGCGAAGCGGUCGUGCCAGCGGCGGCCGCAGAUCUUGUGCCACCAGCUUCGGCCAAGAAGCAACCGCCCACACCAAACCCAGCACCAAAUCCUACCGCUGCUGAUUCCAAGAGCCAGCAGCAGCAGCAGCAGCAACAACAACAACAACAGCAACAACAGCAGCAGCAGACAGUCCUGAACAACAACGCAUCUAACAACAACACAAGCACUCAGCAACAAGCACAAGUUAACAGUGCACCGACGGCCAAUGACUCGUCGAUCGCCACGGAAAUUAGUCCCAGGUCAGGCGUGAGCAACGUGGAAAAGAUAUGUGCCACUAUAUUCAAAAAGGGAUUGGUCGAUUACGAGGGCGACUCGGAUGAAGAUGAUGAGGACUCUGAACUGAGUCCUUCGCCGAAGAGACAGCGACUCUCAUAGUAGGCAAGUCUGUCAGGAGGCAGUGUACGUGCUGCAAGAAUCAAUCGCCGUCGGCGUGCCCCCGAGAGGCUCCUGCGAGUCAAUCAGAGUUUCUUUAGUUCCGUACAUUCACAUCCUGCGACAGAUCGGAUCUCAGAUCUCGUCCUUCCUAAGAUGAGGGUCAGCCACGGUGGGGUACUUUUUAAACUGUAGUGUUUGAUGGACAUUUACACACGCCUGACCGUGCUAAACUGUGUACAGUAACGAACGAAUUAAACAACAAAAUGGCGAUAUAUGGCAAGGAAGGGCAAGAAAAGGGGGAGAAAUGAAGAGAAAAAGAGUAAGCAGGAAAAAAGGGAAGGAGAGUGUGAAAGAGAGAGAGAGAGAAAGGAUGGGGUUAAGAGAGAAUGAGAAAACGAGAUAAUAGUAAGGAACAAAAAAUAUAUAAUUGGAUGAAGACAGAAGGAGACAGAGAGAGAUAGUUGAAGGUGGCCAAUGAAAUAUAUAUGAGCGGAUGCAGAAUGCGGAACAUGAAUAAAUAACGAGAAAGACGAUGGAUUUGUAAAACAAAAAAAAGGAACUUUGAACUUUCUUAAUAAGGUAAAUAAUAAGGAUUUACACGCUACUGUACGACUAUGUUGUGUAAAGAGAUAGUAAAUUUGAAGAAAAAUCGUAGUUCAUUCCAGUGGUUUGAAAAACGCCUCACACGCUGAACAAAUAACGUGAAACAAGAAGCUGCUCCAGUAAAAAAGAAAAAGAAUGAAGUACCAACCCCCCUAGGCCAUGCCCCUGCCCCUAACCUUAAAAAAAAUCUAAAAGCUCUAGAUAGGCCUAGCGAUUUUAAGGUAAAGAUCUCUAAGCGCGCGCUUGGAUCUUAAAAAUUUGUCGACGACGAAACCUUCAACUCAACGUAUCUUCACGCAGGUCGAUUUAUACUUAGUGUGCGAUGUUAAGACCAAUUUCGAAAACGUAUGUGUCUCAUAAUUUUGAUUCCUACACUUGGUUGGAGGAAGAUGGCCAAGAGUCUAUUAUCAUUUUUGCCACUACUCACUUUCUUAUUGUCCAACGAGUCUCAGUACUUUGGUUUUUUUCUUUCUCUCUAUCUCUCAGCCUUCUUCGCUCUCUUUCUUCGCGCACAUUCUCAUUCUCAUUUCUCUUCCUGAUCGAGCAUCUCACGUAUGGCAAAUCUCGCUAACUAUUACGUCGACGCGUGCCUAUGGCGGAUUUUGAAAGAGGACAAAAUUGUAAAAUAAUCUAUCGGGUGACAUUUUGUAAAAACAUAAUUCCUAUCUUCUUAGUUUUGACCCACACUCUUUCUAAACUGCACAUCAGUGUCGAUCGUCGCUAGAAAUUAUUCAUUUUUUUUGUUCUGAUUAACUAAUCCCUGCUGUCAUAAAUUGAGCAUUUAAAUUCUCUAUUGAUUUUUUAUUUGGUCGAUGACUAUUCGUAUAGAACCAUUAAUUUUUAUCGGAGAUAGCCAGUACAAAUUGAACGAAAAUUCAAAGAAUUUGUGUAUAGAAAAAGCAACGGAAAAUGUCCGACAGUAAAAGUCAGUGAAGAAACAAAAUUAAAUGCGGAGUGCGUGUAAAGUUAAAAUGGGAACUAUUUCCAUCAUGAAUCCAAGGGAUAUCGUAAGGCCAUUAUAAAUAUAUAUAUAUAUAUAUAUAUAUAUAUAUAUAUACACAUAUUAUAUAUAUUAUAUCAAAUAACGAUUUUCUCUUCGUUCAAAACUUGCUUUCCACUUUACGUGGAAAUGACGAAAGGAUAUAUGAAAGAAUUAAGGGGAGAGGGGAAGGGAGAAUAAAACUUAAUACACGUCCAUAAAAGGAAUACGGAAUACGAACGUGUACAAUUAUCGGUCACUUAUCAAUAGUAUAAAUUCAUUUUUAUCAACACGUCAUCAAUUCUCCUUAUACGUGACAGUGAAAAAACAUCUUUAUUCCCAUACGAAUUAAAAAAACCGUAUCAAAUAAUGCUCUCGAGAGCCUACCAACCCGCGUCCCACCAAUUUUUUCUAUGGUUAGUUUGAUGAUUCUCUUUUUUUUUUUUAAUCCUAAGCGAAGUUUUUCAUGAUCGUCGUGCUCCGGACAAAAAGUCCUGCUUAUACAGAUAAAUAGAGGAACAAUCUUAAGGGUAUUGUGAAUCAACUUACAGUCGAUAUAGUCUCAAUUUCCGAUAAACCAGAUGCCGGUCUAAUUGAUACGGCUCUAUUCUCUAAUCCAAUAUCAAAUUAAACACAAAGUUAUCAAGUUCAAUGAUUGCGGAGACUUAAUUCGAGAUUUAAUGAAAUUCAGAGUCAAACCAACUGGACGAAUAAUUCUUUCAGAGUGUAAUCUGGUUAGUUUUAAAGUAAUGGCUGCUGGGUUAUAUAAUUUAUCUUAUUUUCAUAUUAUUAUUAUUAUUAGCCGUUUUGAAUAUUUUUAUUUGUCAAAGUACAUCGAUCUGGCAAACGAUCAAUUUAACGAGCCGAGAUGUACAAUCGAUUGAAUUGACUUUUUGAAUUUUAACGUACAAUGUCAAGUUAAUGGCUAUCCGUUUAUAUCUUGUCUAUCUUUUGAUUUCGAUCAGCCGCUUAUCACGGAGACUUACACUUAACGAUCUCUAAUUAUUUCUCUUCGAUAGCAGUUAAUGAGUUUUUGUAAUUAUUAUUCCUCUUUUCUUACGAUUACGUUAUAUAUUAAUCUCCGUGUGAGUUGGGUACCUCGUUCGAAAUCAUGGGAUAAUCUAAUCGUCGCAAGGCUAUCCUGUCAUUGACUUGCCACACUUAAUGAGUCUGAUUGCUUACGAAGUAAAAGUUAAUUCGAUCGAUCGUUUAAUUUAUAGAGCCAAUUAACAAAGCGAAAGAGAGAGAGAGAGAGAAAGAGAAAGAGAGAAAGAAAGCUCCUGUACGAUAACGCGGGCUGGUGUUGGAGGCUGGAGCAGAGCUGUACAUAUUUAUAUAAAAAAAAAGUCGCGCAACCCGGACUGACCACAGAAAGUGUAACAAAGGCUAACAUUAAUUAGUUAAUUAAUUGACGAGAUAAUGAAUAAUGUUGUUUCCUCAUGUGUUUUACUAUAUUUACAAUUUAUUCAGUAAUAAGGAUGAAAAAAAAAACUUACUAUUAAGGGUAGCAGUGAGCGCUAUGUUGGGUGCGAGGAAUUGUAAGUAAAUGAAAGUGGAACGUAAAGAAAUGAGAGACUGAGAGAAAGAGAGAGAGCGAGGGGGGCAUGCAGGGGGGGAGCGAGAGAGAGAUGGUAUACCACAUAUUACAUAUUACACUGCGAAUAUACAUACAUUACACGAUUCAACCCGUUUACAUGAAAACUGACUAAUUACAUGCAUAAGUGAAAAAGUGAUUAAUUGAAUAAAAGUACGGUCGAGCGCUAAACUCUCUGAGUGUACUUCAUGUAUUUUUGUACAGAGUGUUUUAGGCUUUGUCAGCAGUUUUAAAUCGCCCAUCGAAUUAUUAACGGAUCUUACGCAAUCGGCGUUUCGCGACUAUCGUCUAGAUAAAUUUCACUGUUCUCGUUAAUUGAAUGUUUCAUGAUAAACGAUGCGAACUGUCUUAAAAAAUUGUUGCGAGAUCAUUCCCUGCCAUUUUCCAACAUUUUCAGACUUCCCUUUUCGACGAUUUAAUCGCAAUGUUACGGCUUUUUAUAAUACUAUUAUUAUACUGUUCUGCUAUUGGUUACAUAACACUAUGAUAAUUGAUGCAUCCACUUGAGGUUAGGAAUCAGAGUCAUACUCGACAUUGUCACGUGAGAAAUAUUUGUAGAAAUAAUGAUGAACCGGUGAUUGAGAGACAAUUGUGUCAUAGAGUCGUUAUACAAUGGGCGAAAAUGAAGAGUAGUAGAGUGAAUAUGAAAAAAAAAAAAAAAUGAAAAAACACGACACUGCCUAAAACUUCUCGCUGUUAUUGAGACGGA